AUGUCCGAAGCAAUUCGCGACCCAGCACCGCCAAAGAGACGACGCUCGUCCCUUGCCUACGAUCCGGCUAGAGACACUUUCAAAGCGCUGCCAGACGCGCUACCUGAAGACGCCAUCGCGGAAGAUCCUGAAGAGGAACACAAGGCUGAGGCCGCCGUUACUGCAAGUCCGGUUUCUGCGAAAGGAACAAAGGAACAGCCGCGAAAACGGAGGCUCUCAGAGUCGAUGGACGGCGAGGUGAACAACGGUUUUCCCGAGAAGAACAGCACAGGAUCUGGGACAUCACGGCCAGACUCGGAGCAAACAAUGUCAGAACAACCCCGGAAACGAAGAAGAUCAGAGUCGUUGGACGGCGAGGCAAAAGAUUCUGGGACAAGGAAAGAUGAGUUAUUGGAAGAUUCCCGUGCUUCUACCUCAGGCACGUUGAAGCAAGCUACAAACGCAGGACAGGGAGAAAAGACAAAGCCCCGAACGCCAGCGGAUCUUCCUCGAAUCCCGCGUAAACCGAGAGAAGAUGAGCCCCGUACAUCGCGUUAUGCCUCCGAUGCGUAUAGCCGACGACCUGACGCAGGAGAACGCCGAAGACAAGACCGAAGCGACGCGCCUUCUCACAGACGCUCAAGGUCACCUCCUUCACGGCGGUCUGCAGCUGAAAUUUACCGACGUCGCUCCCCACCUCGAGAACGCCGCAGGUCACCCUCCCCGAUCCGUGUCUCUCCUCCCCCCCAAGUCAUUCGUCCCGGGGGAGCACGAGGGCGCGGUCGGAAUGUUUUAGCAGAGCAACAGCGUCUUGCUGCCGAAAGAGAGCAAAAGCAAGCUGCGCUACUUGCUCAGACCAACCGCGGUGUCCAAGAAGUUUCAAACCAAUGGUACAAUCAGAGGCCUGAGUGGGUCAAAGAGAAAGGCCGUGACUGGCGGAAAAACGAGUCUCAGAUCAAAGGACUGCGCAGCUUCAACAACUGGAUCAAGUCAUGCCUCAUCCAUAAAUUUAGUCCAGAGGAGAAAGAGGAAGAAGAGGAGGCUGGCUGGGGCGAGGAAGCCAAGGAACCUGCAGAGCAAAAGCCUCUCCUGGUGCUGGACAUCGGAUGUGGGAAAGGAGGUGACCUGGGCAAAUGGCAGUUGGCGCCUCAACAGGUCGGGUUGUACGUGGGCCUUGAUCCUGCUGAAACGAGCAUUCAGCAGGCUCGCGACCGGUAUGGCCAAAUGCGACGAGGCCGACGGCCGAUCUUUGAUGGACGCUUUUUCGCGCAGGACUGUUUUGGAGCGUGGAUCGGCGACGUUGGUAUUGUCCGUGAAGUCGGCAUCGAUCCAAAUGCGGACAAUGGGCAACCGAGUCGUUGGGGCGGCGGCGGGUUUGACAUUGUGGCCUGCAUGUUUGCGAUGCACUACUCGUUCGAGUCCGAGGAGAAGGUGCGAAUCAUGCUCCGCAAUGUUGCCGGAAGCUUAAAGAAAGGCGGUCGAUUCAUUGGUGUCGUCCCCAACAGCGAUGUCUGCACCGAGAACAUUCAAAAGUGGUUCAAGAACAAGGCAGCCACCAAGUCGGAAGCGAACGGGGGUGUGGGAGGCGCUUCUGAGGAGAAAGAAGAUGGCGAAGCAGACGAAGAGGGCCCGUCAUGGGGAAACUCCAUCUACAAGGUGCGGUUUCCAAUUGAUCCCAUGCGUCCCCUGCAGCCAGACGGUUCCUUUCGACCUCCGUUCUCCUGGAAAUAUACCUACUGGAUGGCCGAAGCCGUGGACGUGCCUGAGUUUGUGGUGCCCUGGGAAGCCUUCCGUGCAAUUGCUGAGCAGUACAACUUGGAGCAACGAUACAGAAAGCCAUUCUUGGAUAUCUGGAAUCAGGAGCAGGGAAACCGCGAAAUGAUGCAAUUGGCGGUGCGCAUGGGUGUCGUGAGGUAUGAAGGAGGAGAUAUACAGCUGACGCAGGAGGAGAGGGAAGCUGUGGCAUUCUACCAUGCGUUCUGCUUCGUCAAGGUGUAG